AUGUGGCGAUCCCUUCUCUCAAAAGGUUCAAUUCCUCUAAGAACAAGCUUCACCCGCCUCACGAACACCCAGAGUCGCGCUGCCGCCUUCGGCACCACCACUGCAAAGAUGGCGACCACCUCGGGCAACAGAGACCCCAACACCCUGUCCAACUAUGGCGCGUGGCUCACCAAGCACACCACCGCGAACCUGACUAUUGACUUUAAGGACAAGUCCCUCAAGGGCUCCGUCACUUUGGAGCUUGAAUCCCUGACGGACCGUCAGAGCAAGGAGAUCAUCCUCGACUCGAGCUUCCUCUCCAUCUCUGGCGUAAAGGUCAACGACGCAACUUCGACCUGGGAGCUCAAGGACCGCGUGGAGCCCUACGGAGCCCCUCUGCACGUAUUCGUGCCCCAGGGCGCCACCAAGGGCGAGGUCGUCAAGGUCAACGUCGAUCUGGCGACGACGGACAAGUGCACCGCCCUGCAGUGGCUCACACCCGCGCAGACGAGCAACAAGAAGCACCCGUACAUGUUCUCCCAGUGCCAAGCCAUCCACGCCCGCUCACUGUUCCCCUGUCAGGAUACUCCGGAUGUCAAGUCGACGUACACGUUUGUCCUCGCCUCGCCCCUGCCCGUCGUCGCCAGCGGCGUCCUCGUCGAGGGCUCUGGCCAGGAGGAGAAGAGGGGCGACGAUACGGUGUACCGCUUCGAGCAGAAUGUCCCCAUCCCUUCAUACCUGUUUGCCCUAGCCUCGGGCGACAUCGCUACGGCGCCCAUUGGCCCGCGAAGCAUCGUCGCGACGGGGCCCGACGAGCUCAAGGAGUCGCAGUGGGAGCUGCAGAACGACAUGGAGAAGUUCAUGGAGGUCGCGGAGAAGCUUGUCUUCCCCUACCGGUGGGGUCAGUACAACGUCCUCGUCCUGCCACCCAGCUUUCCCUACGGUGGUAUGGAGAACCCGAUUUACACGUUUGCGACGCCGACCAUCAUCAGCGGUGACAAGCAGAACGUCGAUGUUAUUGCGCACGAGCUGAGUCACUCGUGGAGUGGAAACUUGGUUACCAGCUGCAGCUGGGAGCACUUCUGGCUAAAUGAGGGCUGGACCACGUACCUUGAGCGCCGUAUCGGUAUGGCUGUUCACGGUGACGCGGAGCGUGACUUUUCUGCCAUCAUCGGCUGGAAGGCCCUCGAGGACGCCGUCGCUCUGAACGGCGCCGACUCCGAGUUCACCAAGCUCAUCAUCAACCACAAGGGCAUCGACCCCGACGAUGCUUUCAGCACCGUCCCCUACGAGAAGGGCUUCCACUUCCUCUACUACCUCGAGCGCCUCGUCGGCAUGGACGCCUUUGACAAGUUCAUCCCCCACUAUUUUACAAAGUGGUCCCGCAAGUCUCUCGACUCGUUCGAGUUCAAAGACACCUUCCUCACCUACUUUAACGGCCUCGGCGACGAGGAGAUCAAGACCAAGGUCGCCUCCAUCGACUGGGACACGUGGUUCUACCAGCCCGGCCUCCCGCCCAAGCCCGUCUUCGACACCACCCUGGCCGACGUGUGCUACAAGCUGGCCGAGAACUGGAAGGACGAUUCCUUUAAGCCCUCCGCCGAGGACGUAUCCUCCUUCUCCGGCAACCAGAAGCUGGUUCUCCUCGAGACCAUUGAGAAGUUUCCCAGCCCCUUGUCCGCUGACCGCGCCCGGCUGCUGGGCACGGCGUACGACCUCGUCUCGUCGCGCAACGCCGAGCUCAAGACGGCGUACUACAAGAUUGCGCUGGCCGCGGAGGACUCUUCCGCCUACGAAGGCGCCGCGGAGCUGUUGGGCCACGUGGGUCGCAUGAAGUUUGUGAGACCGCUUUUCCGGUCGCUCAACAAGGUCGAUCGCCAGCUCGCGCUCAAGACGUUUGAGAAGAAUAGGGACUUUUACCACCCCAUUUGCCGUGGUAUGGUGGAGAAGGACCUCGGGCUUGUGUAG